UUUGUGUGGAGGAGGCUGUGCCGCCACUGGACAGAUUCCAGUCCUGCUCCUCACAGUAGGACCACGAUAUACAAGGUUUCCAACGGACAGAAACACAAUGCACACUUACUUCUUCAUUGUUCUUCCAACAGUUCUCGCUUUGGAGAAUGUGGCGCUGAAUAAACCAACACAACAAGUGUCAGAUAGUUUAUCUUUUCCUGGGCCUGCGGAUAGAGCCGUGGAUGGAAACACCGAUGGAAAUUUAUAUUAUGGUUCUUGUACGAACACAAAUGAGCAGAAUUUGACAAUUCAAACUUGGUGGAAGGUGGAUCUGAUGGGUUUCUACAAGGUCAGCGGUGUGGAAAUUUUCACAAGAACUGACUGUUGCAGUUCCAGACUGAAGCAGUUUGAAGUGCGAGUGUCCCUGGUGAAUCCAACAACCUUUCCCUCUAAUGAAGGACAGCAGUGCUUCCAUCGUACUGAUGAAUUUCCUGCAUCUGGACUCUACAUCAACUGCACUCAGCCAAUCAUCGGCCGCUACGUCAGCUUGUUUAAACCUGACUACGACCCUCUGUCCAUCUGUGAACUGCGCGUGUUCGCCGACAGAGCAGUCAGUGAGAGCGGAUGUCUACAAAGAUCAACCCAACCGACUUCUGCAGAUAAUUCAGAACAUGUCCCUACUCAGUUAUCAUGAACAAUUUUCAAGUAGUCGGCAAUGUCACCAAAUCAUUUGAAGCCGUUUCCGCCGUCACAUGCGCAGUGAGAUGUGCGCAGACCGACAACUGCUUUGCUUUCAACUUCCUGGAGUCCAGUGUCACGUGCGAGCUCGUGCUGAGCCUCAAUGAGUUUGUCCCCUUCACUGAGACCAACCUCAUUCAACAAACUGGUUGGAGAGUGUUUGCCCUCAGCCUUCCGUUUACUGAAAUUGUUAGUACUCAGAAAAUUUUAGAAGACGCGAUUGUCGAUGACCCAUGACAUUGAAGUUUAAUUCUUAACUGUCAUGACGCCUAGCGACAUGUAGAGUAAAAGAGAGAAAAAAAAGUUCAUUACAAUAUUUGUGUGUUGUCUACAGAUGCCAUUCCCAUCAAGACAUGACAAAGUUUAAAGUUUUACUGUAUAGUAUAUACACAUUUCUACGUGUUGUAAACUGCUAUAAAUAGAUGUUUGCUUUUUGAUUAUUAAAUAAUCAAAUUUCGUCUUAUUAUUUUAUUGCUUGGCAUUUACAUGCAAACAGUUUUGCCAUAAUUUGUAACUUUGCAGUUGUAAACAAACACAGUUUUGCCGUACUUUG